AUGGUGAAGGGAAGUCAGGGAGAAAGAAUCAGACUCUACGUCAGAGGAACGGUCCUUGGGUACAAAAGGUCCAAGUCAAACCAGUAUCCAAGAACAUCACUGAUUCAGAUUGAAGGUGUGAAUACCAAGGAAGAGGUUGCAUGGUAUGCUGGAAAACGGUUGGCAUAUAUUUACAAGGCCAAAGUGAAGCAAAAUGGAACUCACUAUCGGUGCAUUUGGGGCAAGGUAUCCAGACCUCAUGGUAACAGUGGCAUUGUUCGAGCUAAGUUUAAGUCAAACUUGCCCCCAAAAUCCAUGGGUGAUAAAAUUAGGGUAUUUAUGUACCCCAGCAACAUAUGAGGUACACUCCCCUCCACCACUCUUUUUGAUGUAGAAAGGGAAAAACCAUCCAUGCUGUUCAUCUUAAUGUGAUAAAAACACAGUAUGCUUGAUAUUGCAUUCCAAUAUUCAAUUUUUGUUUGCUUUA